ACCGCUCGCGAAAAUUGUAUACGUGAAUGGUGAAUGGCAAUUCUCCCCUUCGCGCUAUUUGUGGCGGCAUUUUGAGCAGAAAAAAACUCCUGCAUUUAUUUAGAGCCUACGCCCGACACAGAAUCCAAACGCGGCACACAUAAUGCCUCGCGCCGUGAAACCCAAGACAGCUGCCGGCCCAUCGCCGGCCAAAAAAACCGCACCCGCCAAGAAGGCCAAGGGAAAACUAUAUGCCAUGCCGGAGAAGCUGAAGGAGGGCACUGUUUUACAAGACCUGGCCAAGGGGAAAUGGUGCAUCGGUCCGUCGAUUGGCAUUGGUGGCUUUGGCGAGAUAUAUGCGGCCGCCCGCGCCGGUGAGAAGAACUACGACGCUGUGGUGAAAUGCGAGCCUCACGGCAAUGGGCCCCUGUUCGUGGAGAUGCAUUUCUACUUGCGCAAUGCCAAGCAAGAUGACAUUAAGCAGUUCAAGCAGCAGCGGGGCCUCAAGACCCUGGGCAUGCCGUACAUCCUGGCCAGUGGCUCAGCGGAUGUCAACGGUCAGAAGCAUCGCUUCAUUGUGAUGCCGCGCUACGGCAGCGAUAUAUCAAAGUUCUUCAAGGAAAACGGCAAGCGACUGCCGGAGGGCACGGUCUAUCGCCUGGCCCUACAGAUGCUGGAUGUCUACCAGUUUAUGCACAGUACUGGCUAUGUUCAUGCAGAUCUGAAGGCGGCAAACAUCCUGUUGGGCCAGGGCAAGGCUGGUGCGGCCCAGGCCUACCUUGUGGACUUUGGCCUGGCCUCACACUUUGUGACCGGCGAGUUUAAACCGGAUCCCAAGAAAAUGCACAACGGCACAAUCGAGUACACAUCGCGGGACGCUCAUUUGGGUGUUCCCACCAGACGCGCCGACUUGGAGAUUCUCGGCUACAACAUAAUCGAAUGGCUGGGCGUGGAACUGCCCUGGGUCACACAGAAGCUGCUGGCGGUGCCACUCAAAGUACAGAAGGCCAAAGAAGCCUUCAUGGAGGAUGUCGGGGCUGCACUAAAGGCUCUUUUCCCCAAGGGAGUGCCGGUUCCCCUGGGGGAAUACAUGAAGUAUGUGGCCAAACUGAAGCACAAUGAGGAGCCGGACUACGACAAGUGUCGCAAUUGGUUCUCGACGGCUCUCAAGCAAAUGAAGAUCCCAAACACCGGCGACUUGGACUUUAAGAUAAAGCCCCAAAGCAGCAGCAACAACAACCACAGUCCGCCAGGAACCAGCAAGGCAACAGCCACAGCUGCAGCUGCAGCUGCACCCAAAAGGCCCAAGAAGGUUGCCUCCCCUGACAUCAUUUCCGACAGCGAGGAAGAGGAGGAGGCUCCACGCAGGAAGCCACAGGCCAAAGCUUCACCAGCGCCUCGCAGGAACGCCAAAGUCACGCCGACUAUCUCGCCCCGUAAACGGUACGCAGAGACCAGUCCCACACGAAAGCGAGUUAAGACUGAGCCGAAUGGUACACCCAAACCUCGCGCUACUCCCAGAGCAGCAGCGAGCCCCAGGGCUCGGGCCUCUCCCAGAUCUGCAGCUAGUCCCAAAGCCCGGACCCCAAACGCAGCCAGUGCCAGCUUCAGUCCAGCGCUCUCCCUGCGCGCAAAGCACGGUAAGACAGUCGUCAACGAUGACCUGACACCCAAACCGCGCUCCAACAAGACUUACGAAUUCAACUUUGAGUUAGACGUCAGCAUGGACGCCAAUGUCAUUGUGAAUGUGAAGCGCAAGAAGAAGGCCGGGGCCAAGGACCAGCCCACUGGCGAAGGCGACGUGAAAACCCCUUCGUCACGGAGCCUGGCUUCCUCCAAGGAGGAUACGCCCGUGACCCGUGUGAAUCUGCGGAAGGUGAAUGGGGAGGGGGUCCCCGGUUCGCCGCUAGCCGCCGCUGCCUCCUCCUCCAGCAGCCCCAGUCCCAGGACGCCAGCAGUAACUGUGCGCAAGUACAGACGCUAGAGAGGCACCUCUUUGUUUUUUGAAUAUUUCCAUACGAUUAAUUAUACUUAAACCUUGAAUAAAAGUGCAGAUGCAUUGAAUAUUUUCCCAGAA